GUACGGACGACCGCCAUGCUUUCGACAAGACUGCGGUAUUUACCGCAAUGUACUAGGUUUUUAACGUCUUGUAGAGCAACCCAAAGGACGCCUAAGGUCCUGGUGGGUUUGCCUCAAGAACUCCGUGCCCCAUCCUGCAGGGCUCUGUCUACGUUAUGGGCAGCUGUUGACUCACAUCAGUCACUGACAUCAUCAGGUGGAUUGGUACCAGCUAGAACCUUCAAGACCUCGUCUGUCCGAUAUGAGGAAAUGAGAACAGUGAACUCACCUCCAUUCGCGGAGUCCGUAACAGAGGGAGAUAUCAGGUGGGAAAAAGCUGUUGGUGAUUUCGUGAGUGAGGAUGAUGUUGUUGCUGAGAUUGAGACCGACAAGACCUCCAUCCCUGUGCCUGCUCCUGUGGCGGGCAUCAUCGAGGAGUUACUUGUGGAGGAUGGUGGAACUGUCGAAGCAGGACAGGAACUCUUCAAGAUCAAAAUCACUGGUGAAGCCCCUCCCCCAAAAGCGGCCAAGGCUGAAGCUCCUGCAGCUGCAGCUGCACCAGCUGCUGCACCACCCCCACCUCCCCCCCCACCAUCAGCAGGCCCCAUUCCCACCACCCCACCCCCAGUUCCCUCUGUCCCAAGGGCCCCUGUGACCUCCACCCCGACCUCCUCUAUCAAGGUUACCCCAUCAUCAGCUCCUCCUAUGGACAUGACGAGUGGAGCAAGAGGAGAACAGAGGGUGAAGAUGAACAGGAUGAGGCAGCGGAUUGCCCAGAGGCUGAAGGAUGCCCAGAACACCUGUGCCAUGUUGACCACCUUCAAUGAGAUUGACAUGAGCAAUGUGAUGGGCAUGAGAGCCCAGUUCAAGGAGGCCUUCCUCAAGAAGUUUGGGAUCAAGUUGGGAUUCAUGUCUGCUUUCGUUAAGGCAUCAGCGUUUGCCCUUCAAGAUCAACCUGUGGUUAAUGCAGUUAUAGACGAUAUGGAAAUUGUGUAUAGAGACUAUGUAGACAUCAGUGUUGCUGUGUCUACACCCAAGGGCCUAGUUGUUCCAGUUAUUAGAAAUGUGGAGAGAAUGAACUAUGCAGACAUAGAGAAGACAAUAAAUGACCUGGGAGAGAGGGCGAGAUCAGGGAGUUUGGCGGUAGAGGAUAUGGAUGGCGGAACCUUCACCAUCAGCAACGGCGGUGUAUUUGGUUCCAUGUUCGGCACCCCAAUCAUCAACCCUCCCCAGUCUGCCAUCCUCGGCAUGCAUGGAGUCUUCCAGCGUCCGGUCGCUCUGGAUGGGAAGGUGGAGAUCCGCCCAAUGAUGUAUGUAGCCCUCACCUAUGAUCAUAGACUUGUAGAUGGGAGAGAGGCUGUCCUCUUUCUGAGGAAAAUAAAAUCGGCAGUGGAGGACCCCCGAGUUCUACUAUUGGACUUGUAAUAUACAAGCAGAUGUGUUGUAGACAUUUAUUGUGCCUAAUUCUUAUGGAGGAGACUAUAUUCCGGAGAAUGCAUUGUGUUCUGAGAAUCUCGGGAGCAUCUACAGCUGUCGCAACAUCACUGGUCUCGCAUCAUCAGCCUCGCACCACUGACACAACCCACAAGACUGUGUGUAAAUGUGUGUUUGAUGGUUUUAUUAUCUUGUUUCAAAUUGCACAAAUACCUUUAAUUUUGAGGAAAUAUUUAUUUGAAUAAAUUAUCUACUUAUUUGAUAUGUUUGAUUUGCUAUACGGCGAAUAUUGACUUGCUCAUUUAUGGCAUUAUUUGAUUGGUAAUAAAGUAUUAAAUAACACACUCGUCAAGGUUUACAUCCACAUACAUAAAACCUUGAAGGUGGUGCAGUUGUUUUACUACUGUGUCCAUUCACAUGAUCAGUAACCAGCACUAGUUAUUCUGGUAGAAAUACAAUUGAAAGUGGAAUACAACUGAUAGUUAAAUACAAUUGAUAGUUAAUACAGUUGAUAGUUGACUUCAUGGUUUAUUCAAUAUCCAUUUAUAAUUUCCCGGACUAUGUUAUAAAUGUAGUGUCAGGCUGUGUAGAAUGCUCCUUGUGGUGAGUGGGUCAGGUGACCUUACUACUAGGUCACCGUGACCUUCCAGUUCACAAUAUUGUGGCAGGUGGAAGUUUUGCUGUUUCAGGUAUGGGCUCACCCUUGUGAUUGAUGGCAACAUCAGGUAUAUUUUCUAGCAGUAAAGUAUUUGAGUUGUUUA